UUUCACAGCAAACGUUGACUCAGCCUGCCUCACAAUCGAUGUCCUUGGGGCAAAGCGUUAAAUUCUCCUGCUCGAAAAGUAGUGGUGGAAGCUGGAGCAACUUUUAUUGGUAUCAACAGAAACCUGGACAGGCUCCUCGCUUUGUGCUCUAUCACAUCAGCGACAGGGGAGAAGGGAUUCCAGAUUGGUUCACUGGUUCUGUCUCUGGGAACACUGGCUAUUUAACCAUCUCCAACACCCAGGCUGAAGAUGAGGCCGUUUAUUAUUGUUGUGCCUGGGAGCGCACUGGCAGUGAUAAGUUCCACGGUGGGAAGCAAGUAGAUAAAGAAACUCUUGCAGAACCAAUGAGUGUACAACCAAUCUGCGUGAAGGAGACAAUUGGUAUUUCUGGGGGAUUUCAGAGAGGGGGAAGAAGAUCCCAACUAGAUCUUUUUCUAAAGGGAAGUCAUACUCUAAAGAGUCUUACCAUGGCCUGGCCUCUGCUUUUCCUGUCCCUUCUCAGCUACUGCACAGGUGUCACUUCACAACCCAGUUUGACUCAGCCUGCUUCCCAGUCGGUGUCUCUGGGCCAAACUGCUACACUCUCCUGCUCUAGAAAUGGUGGUAGCAGGUGGGAUGAUAUUCACUGGUAUCAACAGAAACCUGGACAGCCUCCCCGUUUUCUGUGGUAUGGAUCCAGCACCCGGGGAGAAGGGGUCCCAGUUCGGUUCACCGGUUCUCGCUCUGGCACAUUAACUAUCUCUAACAUCGAGGCUGCAGAUGAAGCAGUUUAUUUCUGUUGUGACUACGAGGGUGGCAGUAGCACGUUCCACAGUGGUAUAAUCAAAUAG